UGGUUUAAUGUAAAGUCUUUUUUUCCUGAAAGGUGUUCACAAUUGGCAGAGAAUGUAUGGCUGUGAAUGGGAUGAUGAAACUGGAAAGGUUAAAAGUUAUGACCAGUUUGGCUAUGAUGGAGAAGACUUUGUAGCGCUUGACCUGGAAACAGAGACGUGGAUCGCUCCAACACCUCAGGCUGUCAUCACCAAACACAAGUGGGAGAAUGACAGGGGUUUGAUGGCUCAGGAAAAGGAUUACUUCACCCAGAUUUGUCCUGAGUGGCUGAAGAAGUAUGUGAACUAUGGGAGGAGCUCUCUGAUGAAAACAGUUCUUCCCUCAGUGUCUCUCCUCCAGAAGGCUCCCUCCUCUCCGGUCACCUGCCAUGCUACAGGUUUCUAUCCUAACAGAGCUGAGAUGGUUUGGAGGAAAGAUGGAGUGGAGCUUCAUGAGGGUGUGGAGAAAGGAGAGAUCGUCCCCAACAAUGAUGAGAACUUUCAGUUGAGUGUUGAUCUGGAUCUUUCAUCAGUCACACCUGAAGACUGGCAGAAGUACGACUGUGUGUUUCAGCUCUCUGGUGUGAACGAGGACAUCGUCACCAAACUGGACAAAGCAGUGAUCAAGACCAACAAGGGUAAAAGUGAUGAAGGAAAUUCCCUCACCACGAUCAUCCCGAUCAUCGUUGCAACCCUUGUUCUCGCAGUGAUUGCUGUAAUUGGUUUCAUUGUCUACAAAAAGAGAACAGAAAAACGUCCCCCAUCUCCUGUAGAGAACGCCGAGGUACAGGAGCAAAUGAUUCCUAAAGCCUAAGUGACAAACAACCCUGCACACAGUUUAUGGACAAAUUUUGCACUGAAACAAGGAGCAGUGUCAGCUCAUUUGCCCCCAUAAACUGUGACCUCAUUGGUUUUCAUCAUUUACAUCAUAAAAUGAAGUGUUGAGAAUCUAGUUGUAGAUGCUUAUUGAUUGAAAUUGACGGAAAUAAGUUUGCUCAACAAAUCUAACAUAAUAGUGACAUUUAAUUAUUGCGUUUAGUUUCCAAUUUAAUUAAUAUAAGGUGUAAUUUCUUCUGACAAAUCAAACAAGGAUGCCUACCAGGGGAGAAGCAGAGCAUGUUUAAAAAAUAUUUAACACAAUGAAAGCAUCACAGCAGUCUCAAUACAAUCAAAGUUUAAGAUUUUUGUGUUCCUCUUAAACAGAACCACUAUAUUUAGUUUAUGGUGUUGGGUUUUCUUUCACACAUACAAAUUGAUAACACAAAUGUAGAUAUACAUUAAGAGAGAGAUUUACGUAAAUAUAUUCUGUGAGAGUCUGGUGAUAUGAUGAUAUAUUUUAAGAUUUGUCAGUCAUUAAAGAGAGCAAUACUAAAAAUGCUAUGUAAACUGAUUUUAAAUGUAAACUGUUCUUGUCAGUCUAAAUUCUUGUUUAACGAUGUUCAUCCUAAUGAUGAACCUCGGCCUCUGGACAGAUGUUAUCUGCAGCUCUCAGUGAGAUAAAGCACGAUAGAAACGGGGUGGGUGAGCGACUGAAUCAUUGUGAUGAUUAGCUAGAUUUGUCAGUAAUGCUAUUUUUACAUUUCGCUCACAUCUCUAAAUUAUUUGUUUCCAGAACACACAUAUGAAGUAAAUAUGAAGUAAGUAAAUUAGAUAUCAGUGUGACCCAUCAUUGUUCACAUAUUGUUCGCAACUGUAAAUUAACAAAUUAUUUUUGAAAAAUUCUUUACAAUUUGCUUGUAUAUUUCUUUAAAACUGAAUGAAAGUAAAAAUGUGUUGAUUUCAACCAGACCUAAGCAGGUAAUUCAUGUUUUUUCUAUAUUUCUUUGAUUCAUGAUCUGUUAUGAUCUUUAGUUUAAUGUCAGAUUUUAGUUUAAGGAGAAAUUUGUCUGAUAUUUUAUGUAUUUUGGGACUUAACGGGGAUUUUCCAUUCAGAAAUGAAAUGGUGAUGCUCAAAUCACUGCUGGUGUUGGGUUUGGUCAGUGGUAUCAGUAAAAAUACAUUGCCAUCUUAUUGAUUUUUGUUCUUUUGCUUUUCAAUAAAGUCCCUUUAUAAAAUCCUUA